AUGGACAAGGACGGCAUGGCCGCCCACAGGAGGCACCGGCCUGGCCCCGGCGCCCCUCCCACGGGCGUGGGCACUGCACACCUCAAGGCAGCCAGCGAGAUGGCCGAGCUGCAGCGGAGCCGGAGUGUGGGCGGCCUGCUCCAGAAGGGGGACCCGCCGAGCUGCAUCAAGAAGCUGUGCAAGGAGCUAGAGUCCGAAGACCCGGGGAAGGACGCCAGGAGUGAAGCAGAAGGUGCCAGCUGCCAGGCCAGCCUGGAGGACAAGCAGGACGGGGGCCAGGAUGCCCGCGGGCAGGCGCCAGAGGACGCGAAGGUGGAGGAGGCCAGCACCCGCUGCGAGCAGCCGGCCGGAGGGGAGGGCGCAGAUGAGUGCACCCCAGAGGCCAAGGAACAGGAGCCCGAGUCCAUCAAGCUAGACGACCUUCUGGAAAAAGAGAAACCAUCUGUGUUUGUGGACAUUGACCUGGGAGACCGUGCCGAGGAGGUGAUCACGUGCAUCACGAAAGAAGAGAAGCGGUCCCAGAAGGACAUGGGGGAUGUGUCAGAGGACGAGUCCAGGACCAGCUGGGUAUGCUGCAUCCCAUACCCCACCAGGAAGAAGGUGAAGGAGAGUGCGUAG